GUAUGGCCCCUUCGUUCGAUGACCCUUGGAGUCAACAAUCGGAAAUUUACCUACCGUGUUAUCUUUUCUCCAACAUAACCUAAGCGCAUGGAGGAUAUCCUAUAGAAAUCAACUGUACCUUCUAAGCUACUAAAAAGAGAACUAUACUGAAAGAAUUUUCCUGGUUAUACGGUCACUGGGUGUUUGUGAGUAGAAACACUUGUUCUUCGUGGUAUCGGUUGUAGCGCAGGGCUGAACGAUUGAGGAACUAAAGCACAACCCUUCAAAUCGGGGCAACAUGUACGACGACGACGAGGAGGAAAGCUUCGGUGGUUCGAUCGAUAUCGAUCACCACCAUCAUCACCAUCACCACCAUCACCACCAUACGGAUGAUUACUCCGCAAUGGAUGAGGACCCGGACGACAAAGAUGAUACGAAACGAAAAUCCCGCAAUCUUAGCGAGAAGAAGCGCCGUGACCAGUUCAACCUACUGGUCAACGAGCUCAGCUCGAUGGUGUCAUCCAAUAGUCGAAAGAUGGACAAAUCGACCGUGCUGAAGUCGACGAUCGCAUUCCUGAAGAGCCAUAACGAGAUCGCGGUCCGAUCGCGUGUCCACGAGAUCCAAACCGACUGGAAGCCGUCGUUUCUGUCCAACGAGGAGUUCACUCAUCUCAUCCUGGAGGCACUGGACGGGUUUAUCAUCGUAUUUUCGUCGACCGGGCGAGUAUUCUACGCGUCUGAAAGUAUUACCUCGCUGCUCGGGCACCUACCGAGUGACCUGCUAAACAUGACCGUUUACGAUAUGGUGUACGAGGACGAUCAAAACGACCUGUACAACAUUCUUCUGAACCCGACGACGGUGGUGGACCCUCUGCAGACGGGCAUCAGCAGGGAGAACCAGGUUACCUUCUCGUGCUACAUCAAGCGGGGGACUGUCGACUAUCGGACGGAUGUGUCGUACGAGAACGUCCAGUUCACGGGCUAUUUCCGAAGCGAUGUCGAGACGGAAUCGCUCAUGACGACAUCCCGCUUUAGCGGCUACACGAGUGACGCCGACUCGCGGCUCGUGUUCGUCGGCACCGGGCGUCUGCAGACGCCCCAGCUGAUCCGCGAAAUGUCCAUCGUGGACAACACGAAAAGUGAGUUCACCUCUCGGCACAGCCUCGAGUGGAAGUUCCUGUUCCUCGACCACCGUGCGCCACCCAUCAUCGGCUACCUCCCGUUUGAAGUGCUGGGAACUUCCGGGUAUGACUAUUAUCAUUUUGACGAUCUGGAAAAGGUGGUGGCUUGUCAUGAAGCAUUGAUGCAGAAAGGCGAGGGAACGUCGUGCUACUACCGGUUUCUUACCAAAGGCCAGCAGUGGAUCUGGCUGCAGACGCGCUUCUACAUUACCUACCACCAGUGGAACUCGAAGCCGGAGUUCGUCGUGUGUACGCACCGGGUGGUGAGUUACGCGGACGUGAUGAAGCAGAUGCGCAACCAGACGGCGGGCGAUGGUAAGUUCUCCGAGGACGCGGACAGUAUCAGUGUGCACGGGACGGAACGGAAGCUGCAGCAGUCGUCCUCGCAGAGUUUGCUCGCGACUUCACCGUGGAGUUCGAAGAGCUCCCGUACAUCCCGGGUCGCAGCGACUCCUUGCGUCUCACCCACCGGUCUGUCGAACCGGGGACGCCAUCGGUACAACACCUACCACGGUCCGGGGUCGGAUUCGGCCACUUCCAUCUCCACGGAAUCUCACACCAGCCGACAGUCGCUUGUCACACAACAUUCCCGCUCCCGGAUGCGUACCAGUACCUUCCCGUCGAAAGUUUCCUCACACGGUAGCCAGCAGGAUCGGCAAGGAGCCACUCAUUUUCUACUCCAAAAUCAGCAGCAGCUGCAGCAGCACCAACAGCAGCAGCAGCAGCAACUUCACCACCAACAACAUCACCAAGAACAACAACAGCAGCAUCAGCAGUUACAGCAAAAUCAGAUGCAGCAGCAACAGCAGCAACUACAUCAGCAGCAGACGCAUCUCCACCAACAGCAGACACAGUUGCAGCACCAACAGAUGCAAGCACACCAUCAGCAGCAGCACCUACAUCAUCAACAUCUCCAGCAGCAACAACAGCAGCAGCAGCAACAGCAGCAACAACAGCAGCAAAGUCAUCAACGUCCACAUCCUUCGCAAGCGCCGCAUGCUUCGAUGGUACAAAACCCUUCCGAAACUGAUGGAUACGGGUCUCAGCUGCAAGGUCAGCAACAGCAACAUCCACAUUCCCUCCACCAACACCACCACCAGCAGCAGCAGCAUCAUCACCAUCAGCAGCAGCAGCAGCAACAACAGCAGCAGCAACAGCAGCCAAUACAAGCCACUCUAGCGGCAACCCCGUCCACGACUACGAUACGAGCGUCGGCCACGAUCAUCACCCCACCAGUGACGCAGAUCAUCAGUGCGACCGGGUUCAUCGAAACGCAGCAGUAUUUGACGGCCAUCCCGGUGCAGCCGGUGGCCAGCUUUUCCGAGACGGCGCCCGGUAUGCUUUCCCCGCUGCAGUCCACGUCGCCUCACGGGACGUUCUCGGCCGUCGCUGCACACCAUUCGGCCGUGGCGGGCGCCGGUGGCGUCGUGCUGACACCCUGCCAGAAUCAGGUGCAGGAUCAGCUGCAGCGCAAGCACGAGGAGCUGCAGCACCUGAUCAUCCAGCAGCAGGAGGAGCUGAGGCGUGUGCAGGAACAAUUGCUGAUGGCACGGUACGGCUUGCUGCCGUCGAUCGUAUCGCUCCCGUUCCCGCCGGCCCCUAGCAAUGGAGCAGGGCCGAGCCAUGGACCACCGGAGCGCAGUACUCCGUUCCUGCAGCAUCAUCAGACGGCGCAAGGGGCAGCGUUUCAUCAUCAUCAUCACCACUACCACCCAUCGGCGUCGGGUGGGCAAACACAGCAGCCACCUAGUCACCCGGGAGUGGUUCAUGCACAACAACCACAGGCUCAGCAGCAGCAGCAGCAGCAACCGUCCCAAGGGCAGCAACAGCAAGAUCAGCAACUAUUAUCGGUUCCUCCCGACCAGAAACCUAUCAUUCAUUCCGAUUCCGAGCAGCUUAACUUCACCGACCCCGGCCAAGGGAAGCUGUCCGAGUCGGGUGAUAUGGUAUCGUAUAUGCAGCUCACACCGGUUCCUAUACACCAUCUGCAACAGCAUCAGCAGCAGCAGCAACAUCACCGGCACCAUCAUCCCUCCAGCCAAUCGUCGGCAUCAACUACACCCGCCUCAUCCGCCCUGAACCAGCCGCAGCAUCAGCUGAUGCAAAUGGGCGCCACGCCGGGCGAUGGCUCGGAAACAUCGGGCAGCAACAUGAGCAACAGCAUGGGACUGCUGCAGUAUCAGAUGGCUCCCGAGCAGGCACAGAUUCUCUUCACCUCGGGCAUGGAACAACAGCAGGGGCAGGCACAGCAGCAACCACCGAGCCAACAGCAACAGCCACCACCACAACCACCACAACCCCCUUCGCAACACCAAGGAGCGGGGAGUUCCGAUGCCGGAUCCCGAACGCAAGGUAGUGAGAUGUAGAGAAUGUCAGGGAGAAGAUAAUGGUGGAAUUUCGAUCCUGAGUCUUGUAGUGAUAACAGAUUUCAACCAAAAGUAAAAAUGGGCCUAGGAUUGAGCUUAGCUUAUUAGAGGUAAGAACCUCCCACAGGAAGGAAUGCCUACCAAGGGACCUCAGAAGAGGAUGCUUCUGAACCAAACCAACCUACACCCACAUGUACAUAGCGAACGUAAACGUUUUUCAUCCACCAAAGAGGGGUAUUUUGAAGGAUAGCCAUAGAUGGUAGUGUUUAUACGACGAUGAAACAAUUAUAAGCCAUUGUAAAAAUAAAGUAGUGCAAGAGAAGGAAUAACCAAGAGGAACACGGGGAACACGGUUUCAGGAAGGUGAAACGUUGCUCCAUCGAGCAGGUAGUCGUUAAGGAAGUGGUGAUAAUCGAAUAACGUACGGUAGACAUUGGAUGGUCGCAGCCAUUGGAGGGCUAAGGAGAGCGGACCUGUUUGAAACAAGAGGCUGGGAAGCGAAACGAUUUUUGCUAUGCACUUUAUAUAAUUAUUUUGUACUUGUAAAAGCUAGGGACCGAUCAAUUACUGGUAAGAGCAGCAUUUUUUAAAUGUAGGAACAGUACCAGAAAGAGAGAUCUAUCGAGAUAGAAUAAGUGGUUAGUAAAAAAAUUAGUGGAAUAAAAAAUAUCAAA